GACAGCUACUGGGCACCACUGAAGGGACCAGCCCAGGACUGGGACAAUAAAAUCCCUGACACCACCAUUCAAGAGGCGUCGGGGGAGGUGUGGAGGGGAGGAAGGCCAGGCCAGCUGCGCGUGUAUAAAGCUGUCCCAGGCUCCCGGCAGAGCACUGCAGCACCCUCCAGGACAGGCUCCUCCAGCACUCCCAUGGAUAUCACCAUUCACAACCCCCUCAUUCGCAGACCCUUCUUUUCUUGGUUGGCACCGAGUCGUAUCUUUGACCAGAUUUUUGGAGAGCACCUGCAGGAGUCAGAGCUGCUCCCUGCUUCCACCAGCCUCAGUCCCUUCCUGAUGAGAUCCCCCCUUCUUCGGAUGCCCAGUUGGCUAGAGACAGGACUCUCUGAGAUGCGGCUGGAGAAGGACAAGUUUUCUGUAAAUCUCGAUGUGAAGCAUUUCUCUCCUGAGGAACUAAAAGUGAAGGUGCUUGGGGACAUGAUAGAGAUCCAUGGGAAACAUGAGGAGCGCCAGGAUGAGCAUGGCUUUAUUGCCAGGGAAUUCAUCAGGAAAUACAGGAUUCCAGAUGAUGUGGACCCUCUGACCAUAACCUCAUCACUUUCUCUGGAUGGUGUCCUGACUGUGAGCGCUCCAAGGAAACAAAGUGACGUCCCUGAGCGCACUAUCCCUAUCACUCGUGAAGAGAAGCCUGCCAUUGCAGGAACCCAAAGGAAGUAGGCUGUACUUAAAGUCACCCUGGGGGGCCAUUCAAGAGGCUUUUCAUCGGAUGCCAGCUAUACUGAAUGGCUUAUUAUU